AAUGGAACGACCAAGUAGGGUUCUAGGAGGGUUUAACAACGAGGAGGAGGAGCCAAGCAAGAACCACCAUUUCCACUUCGAUUCGAUUCUUGAAGAUCGCCCAUGGCAGGAAACCUUGACCAGGAAGCUCACAUUGCGGACCCAGAGUCUGAGGAGGAUUUCGAAGAUGAUGAAGAAGAAGAAGAGGCUGAGGAUUGGGACGACUGGAGCGCCGAAGAUGGCGAAGAAUCGAGCUCAGGCCUCCUCUGCUUAUUCUGCGACGCCAAUUUCAGCUCUUGCUCUCCCCUCUUCGAUCACUGCGCUUCAUUGCACCGCUUUGAUUUCCACAGAGUGAAGGAAGCCUUGGCCUUGGAUUUCUAUGGCGCGUUCAAGCUCAUCAACUAUGUUCGUUCCCAGGUGGCAGAGAACAGAUGUUGGAGCUGCGGUCUUGUCUUUCCUUCCAAACAUGAUCUACAGGACCAUCUUCAUGAAACAAUUGAUUUCGAGAAGGUUAAACCCUUGUCAUUUGAUGAUAGGUACCUAAAGCCUUUCCUUCAAGAGGAUUCACUCUUGUACAGCUUUGAUGAAGAUGGAGAAGGAGAAGAUGAUUGCCCAGUGGUAGUUGACAAGGAGGAACUUGCUAUGGAACUGAAGAAUCUUGGAGAAUUAUCGAUCGAUGGCGAUAAUCUCCUUGAGAAGGCUGAAUCCUCUUCUGGGUCCAUUGAUGGGAAUGUACUGAAGGGAGCUGCCGACGUUUCCUCCAGUGAUUUGAAUACAGCAGGGUCUGCAAAGGAUGCAAUAGUCAGUAGAGCCGACAUAAGAGCACAAAUUGGUUUGUCGAAUGGAAAACACAAGGAUGAGAGAGUCGUUAGCUCGCAUAAGAAACUCGCUGCUAGUGAUGUUAGGAGGGUGAAUGAGAGUUAUUUUGGAGCAUACAGUUCUUUUGGCAUCCACAGGGAAAUGCUUAGUGAUAAGGUUAGGAUGGAUGCCUACAGCCAAGCCAUCUUGGGAAACCAAUCCCUCUUCAAUGGUGCAGUUGUCAUGGAUGUAGGUUGCGGUACUGGCAUAUUGAGUCUGUUCGCAGCUCAAGCUGGAGCAUCAGAGGUUAUUGCAGUUGAGGCAAGUGAGAAGAUGGCGGCUGUGGCAACUCAGAUUGCGAAAGACAACCACUUCUGGCACAGUCCCAAUGGCAGUAUUAAUAACAAAGGUGGUGUCGUUAAAGUAGUAAAUGGAAUGGUUGAGGAGUUGGAUAAGUGCAUACAACUUCAACCUCAUUCUGUAGAUGUUCUGCUGAGUGAAUGGAUGGGAUACUGUUUGCUCUACGAGACAAUGCUCAGCUCAGUUCUUUCGGCACGGGAUAGGUGGCUGAAGCCAGGAGGUGCUAUCCUCCCUGACACAGCAACAAUAUUUGCCGCAGGAUUUGGAAGGGGUGCUACAAGUCUUCCAUUUUGGGAAAGGGUCUAUGGCUUUGAUAUGUCUACUAUUGGCAAGGAAAUUGUUGAAGAUGCUGCUCGGAACCCUAUAGUUGAUGUCAUGAGUGAGAGCGAUUUAGUGACCAACCCAGUCAUUGUCCAGACUUUUGACCUUGUCACCAUGAAACCCGAUGAAGUUGAUUUUACUGCAAGCAUCGAGUUGGAAACGAGUUCAUCGCCCACGGAAAACCAAGCAACGACCAUGUGUUAUGGAGUUGUCCUCUGGUUUGAGACUGGUUUCACAAGCAGGUUCUGCAGAGAACAGCCUGCGGUCUUGUCCACAUCGCCGCACACUCUCAAAACCCAUUGGGCACAGACCAUCUUAACCUUCCGAGAACCCAUUGCAAUGUUGCCUAGAAAGGCUGAUGACACUGACAAGAGAUCACAAGGAGCUGGCAUUGAAGGCUCCCCUGCCGAGAAAAUUCACUUGAGGGUUAGUAUUGUCCGUGCUCCUGAGCACCGCAGCAUCGACAUAUCCCUGGAGGCUGCUGCCAUUUGCUCUGAUGGUCGGAAAGUAACUUAUCCUGUACAAAUAUUUAACCUAUCUUAGAUUACUACAUUAAGGUGAGAACCGAACUUGAAUUUCUUUAUACGAAUCCAUGAUAUUUAACUAUGUCGCGUCUUUCUUUUCUUGGGUUUCAAUUCUAUUUUGCCCUUGGAAGAACUAGUGAUGUAUGAUUGGCUCGUUUCCUUGAGUAGAUGAUCGAGAUUUCUGUGUUUUUCCA